AAACGUUUUGUCAGCGGUUCUUACGCACGUGACCCUUCCACGCAUGCGCACUGAAUGAAAACACGGUGACGUGUGUCCGUGUGUAAACAACCGUUGAGGCAUUUAAACUGUCAGCUGUCAGAAAGACACGAAGCGACCACACUGCCGGCUGUUUCGAACUGUUGGACUCGAGCUACUAUGCAGCAUGACCCCACGAGGACCUCGCCUGUGUUUUUCCUCUGCGAGAGAAGGCCCUCUCUGAAAUCCACCCGCGACACCCCGCCUCAAAACUUUGCCGAAACGCUGCCGACAGAAAUGAGCGUGAAGAUCUUUGGCGAGCUGGACGCAGAGAGUCUGUGCAGCGCCUCGCUGACCUGCAAGCUGUGGCACCACAUCAUCGAAGACAGCGACCAGCUGUGGAGGAGUCAGUGCCUGCUGGUCAGAGCCGCCUGUCAGAGGGAGGUCGACAGCGACAGGAGAGACGGCCUGUCCUGGAAGGUCACACUGCUGAGGAACUACACUCGCAGCUGUUUGAAGAGAGACUGGCUGCGAGGACGUUACAGCCGCGUGAGAUCAGCCGAGGAGCUGAGCGGCAGGAAGAUGGCGGCGCUGGACGCCGAGACCUGGGGCGAGAUCCUGCAGGCCGAGCUGGACAGAUGACCGACGAAACCUGCGCUGCCACAUUUAGGACUUUUAUUUAAAGCGCCUCUGAGUGAUUUUGUUUUUUUUUUUUAAAACUCUAAUGUAUAUUUUAUACUUUUGCGUUUUAUGUGAAUACACACAAACAAUUGUACAUAAUUUUUUUUUAAAACUUUU